AUGAGACACCAAGCACUUAUUGGAGAACCUCCUGCUUCAGUCAGCAGCUCAUCAACUGCGAGCAGUGUACCGUCAGGUGGCGCUAGAAGAAAAACACCACGUUCAAUUUUACCCUCACAACCUGGAUCAUCAAAUUCAGUUCCAGGGACAAGUCGGGGAGGGCCCCCAGAUCCAGGAGAUAUGCUUAUUACGACCCCCCACCCUUACCUGGGGGAACCCCCUCCAUCUUCAAGUCAGAAAAAAGAAUUCCCAAAUGAUAAAAUACUUCACCAGACUGAAGCCAGGGUCAAAUCAAAAGCAUUUGUAGAUGAUUGGACAUGUCAGCAAUGCACUACUUCCAACAACCCUGGGUUGACAUAUUGUGGAAUUUGCGGGAACCCUCGUCCGGAUGGUAUGGUGGCACCAAUACCUCCAACGCUUCUAACAAAACUUGAGAGAGAACCCAAGCCAAGGAGCAGGCCCCAGGUUCAAUCCCUGUCACAGGCACCUUCUACUAGCGGGCUACCAUCAACAAGAAUGAGUUUAAGAGAAAGGAUAUCAACAUUAUCGACAUCAUCUUUAGAAAGUACGGACUUGAAUACAACAUUUAAAGUUGAGAGUAUUAUGAUGGAACAAUUGAGAUUAAAGCAAGAAAAUGAUGCUAAUAAAAUAUUUGAAGGAAUCAUUGAAUACUGUAGAAUGGCUGAUGACAAAUUUGUGGACGACCAGUUCAGACCGAGCCAUGAAAUACUUCAUUAUCCCAACAGUCAGUACAAUCACCAAGCUGUCUGGUUGAGACCACAUCAGAUCAAUUGCAGAGACCCACAAUAUGAGCAUAGGCAAUGGACCGUGUUCUGCACUGAAGGUCCCGAAACAACAGACAUUCAACAAGGAAUUCUAGGGAACUGCUGGUUUCUGAGCGGAUUAUCUGUUUUGGUAGAACGACCAGACUUGCUCCGAAAUAUUUUCAUUACACGGGAAUACAGUAAAUAUGGAGCCUAUAUGAUUAGAUUAUGCAAGGAUGGCAUCUGGCAAUCUCUUUUUAUUGAUGAUUUAUUGCCAUGUAACAUGCAUGGAGAGCUGCUUUAUACACAGGCUAGAAGAAAACAGCUCUGGGUUCCUCUAAUUGAGAAAGCACUUGCUAAAGUCCAUGGAUGCUACGAGGCCCUACAAGCAGGAAGAUCAAUUGAAGGACUUGCAACCUUGACUGGAGCUCCUUGUGAAAGUCUACAGUUAGUCGUCGGGCCAGACAUGAUUGAACCAGAGCCAGAUUUAAUCUGGGUUCGUCUUUUGAGUUCGAAGGAGGCUGGGUUUCUCAUGGGCGCCUCGUGUGGCGGAGCAAAUAUGGAAGUGGACGAGGAUAUGUACGACAGAGUCGAUCUUCGAGUCCGACAUGCGUACAGCGUUUUGGAUGUCAGGAAUGAGCGUAUGGAUAACGGUGGAAAUGUCAAACUUCUGCAACUACGCAAUCCAUGGGCCCAACAAUCCUGGUCCGGUGAUUGGUCAGAUAACUCAGAGAUGUGGUACGAUAACCCAAGGUUACAGGAACGACUGAAUCCAACACAAUCAUAUCAUGGGAUAUUCUGGCUUUGUUUUGAUGAUAUGUUAAGAUAUUUCGACAGCGUUGAUAUUUGUAAGAUCAGAGACACAAACUGGGCGGAGACAAGAAUAUCAGGGGAAUUCCCUGAUUCUGCCUCCCAACCCCCCGCUUCGUACUUUCUUGAAGUAUAUCAAUCGACGGAAAUUGAUUUGUCAAUAUUCCAACAGGGGUCAAGGAGUCAAGAAACUUCAGGGCGCCAUCCAGUGGAUAUCUGCGUCUGUGUGUUCAGAAGUAGCGAGCAAGCUGCGACCUCCGAUCCACAUUCUGAAGUCGUGUUGGGACCUCUAGUGGCUUGCAGUCGAAGACAGGUUAAAAGGCACGGUUCCUGUUCCCAAUUCUUGGAACCUGGCAUCUAUCAAAUUGUAACUCUUGGUUUUAAUCAUUGGAGAUCGGCAUAUGGGAUUACGGGUGCUGCAGCUGCAGCAGCAGCAUUGAGGGAUCCAGAACAUCCAAAAUUCGUGUUAGCGCUACAUACUAGUCGUCCGAUUUCACUGAGUCAUUUUCCUGCUAAUCCAACACUUUUUGCUGACGCAACGAUUGAGCUUGUGAUGAAAAAAGGAGAAAAAAAAGAUGUACGGGACUGUGCGACAUGUUAUUAUUUAACCCGUGGAUGGGCUGGUUUAGUCGUAGUAGCGGAGAAUCGACAUCCAACCCGACAUAUGCAAAUUGUUUGUGAUUGCAUGGAUUCAAGGAACGUGGUAUCUACGAGAGGAGUUAAUAAAACAAGUGACAGUGUUCCCCCUUUACACAAACAAGUACUUAUAGUGCUGACGCAACUUGACGGCCAUAGUGGAUUUACAAUAACACAUAAAACUUAUCCAUAG